CAAAGCCUGUGCAGUGCAUCAUGUAAAAUCUACUUGUUUGCCUGCAAGCCCUUUGUCACAAGCCAAGUAUCAUUUUGCCCUAAAAUUAACAAAACACAAAAGCUGACAUUAAUGGUAUAUUCAGGUUGAUUUAAAUGCACACUGACAUGUCACUUAUUACAGUGCUCCAGGAAUGCCCAAGGAAAAAUAUGACCCGCCUGACCCACAUCGGAUGCACACUAUUAUGUCCAGUGAUGAGGCAGCCCAUGGGAAGAAGUCAUACUGGGCUGAACUUGAAAUAAGUGGGAAAGUGCGGAGCCUCAGUUCAGGCUUGUGGUCACUCACUCACCUCACAGCUUUACACGUCAGCGACAACUCCUUGUCGAGGAUUCCCCCAGAUAUUGCCAAGCUACACAACCUUGUAUACCUGGAUCUUUCAUCCAACAACAUCAGGAGCCUGCCUGCUGAGCUUGGCAACAUGGUGUCUCUCAGGGAAUUGCUUUUAAAUAACAACCAGUUGCGGGUUUUGCCUUUUGAAUUGGGAAAACUGUUUCAGUUACAAACACUGGGAUUGAAAGGGAACCCUCUCACACAGGUGAUCAUGAAGUUAUACCAGGAACCAGAUGGUACAAGACGGCUGUUAAACUACCUGCUUGACAAUCUGGCUGGUGCCAUCAAACGCAUUCCAACAGAGCAGCCCCCAUCCAGGUCUUUGAUUGUACUACAAGAGCCCGACAGAACAAGGCCGUCAGCACUCUUCUCAGUCAUGUGCUACAACGUCCUCUGUGACAAGUACGCUACACGUCAGCUGUACGGCGGCUGUCCAUCAUGGGCCCUAAACUGGGAGUACAGGAAGAAGGCCAUCAUGCAGGAGAUUCUCAGCUGCAAUGCUGACAUCAUCAGCCUUCAGGAAGUGGAAACAGAGCAGUAUUACAACUUCUUCUUGGUGGAGCUGAAAGAACAGGAAUACGAUGGAUUCUUUAGUCCCAAGUCCAGAGCAAGAACGAUGUCUGAGUCUGACCGCAAGCAUGUGGAUGGAUGUGCGAUAUUCUACAGAACAGAAAAGUUCAGUUUGGUACAGAAGCAUACAGUGGAAUUCAACCAGUUGGCCAUGGCAAACUCUGAAGGGUCUGAAGCCAUGCUGAACCGUGUGAUGACCAAGGACAACAUUGGAGUAGCGGUGUUGCUGGAGCUGCGCAAAGAGAUGAUGGAACUAUCGUCAGGCAAGUCUCUGCAGGGCAUGGAGAAGCAAUUACUGCUAGUGGCCAAUGCUCACAUGCACUGGGACCCAGAAUAUUGUGACGUGAAGCUUGUGCAGACAAUGAUGUUCCUGUCUGAAGUGAAGAAUAUUGUAGACAAGGCUACACGCAGUCUAAAUCUCUCAUCCAUCUCGGGAGAAACAAACUCAAUUCCUCUAGUGUUGUGUGCUGAUCUCAACUCACUACCAGACUCUGGUGUGGUGGAGUUUUUAAGUACAGGCGGAGUGGACUGUACACACAAAGACUUCAAAGAGCUACGCUAUAGCGACUGCCUCACCAACUUUAACUGCAAUGGCAAGAACGGAAUAUCUAAUGGCAUGAUCACACAUGGCUUCAAGCUGAAGAGCGCCUAUGAGAGUGGGCUGAUGCCGUACACCAACUACACCUUUGACUUCAAGGGUGUUGUUGAUUACAUCUUCUACUCCAAGCCUCAGCUGAACGUUCUAGGCAUUCUGGGUCCAUUGGAUCCCCACUGGCUCCUGGAGAACAAUAUCAGUGGCUGCCCCCAUCCCCACAUCCCAUCUGAUCACUUCUCCCUGUUUGCACAACUGGAGCUGGUCCUGCCUCACUUGCCCUCACUUAAUGGAGUCCAUCUACCGUCUCGCAGGUAGUGAGCCCUUCUUGCACAUAGGGAGCCAUUGCGCACGAGCCAUCCCCUUUCUUCUCCAGACUGUAACUUAAAUUGACUUGACUUGACUUGACUAAAUGCACAUUCAUUUACAAAAUCUGCU